UCAUCAUAUUUAAUUACAUGAGUACUUGAAAAAAUUCAGAUGUCGACGAGACGAGACAUAUUUAAAAUUGAUUUUGUUUAUUGAACUGUCAAAGUAGCAGGGCAGCACUAGUAUUUCUAUAAGUACUACAUAAUUAUAUAUACAACACAAACACAAUACAGAUAUAAUACAGACCUAGGUAAAUCUAGUUGACUACUGACUGACUGCUAGUAUUUUAAUUUGGUUAAUCGUUGUCCGCGCUUCGUUCAUAUUGUGUGAUAUGUAUAAUUAAAAUAAAUUUAUUAUUUGGUGAAAGUGAAUAAUGAAAUGGCAGGGACAACAUCAAAUAUACAAAAUGAAACACAAAGUAUUGUUGUCGAUGUUAAAGAACAACAAUCAUUAUUUAAUAAAAACAUUCGGACACAAUUACGUCGAUCUGUUGUUAACUUAAAAUUAUCUAGUGACAAUAAUACUAAUUGUGGUAGUGUACAAUAUAGUUCUGUUCCGACUACUCCAGAUCAUAAUGAUGGAACGGAAUUAUUGCCGUUAUCAUCAACAACAACGCCUGUAUGUGAGCACAUCGAUUUAGGGUUUAGUGACAUUAGUUAUACUGUCAAACAAGGCAUUUUUGGCCGUGAGGAAAAAUGCAUAUUAAAAAAUUUGAGUGGAGAUUUUUUAGCGGGUGAACUAACUGCAAUUAUGGGUCCAUCCGGUUCUGGAAAAUCAACAUUAUUGGAUAUAUUAUCUGGAUAUACUUGUUUGGGCGCCAAUGGAAAUAUUAGUGUAAAUGGAAUAGAAAGAAGUUUUGAUAACCUUCGUUUAGAUUCGUGUUAUAUAAUGCAAGAGGAUAAUUUGCAACCAUUACUAACUGUUCAAGAAGCUUUAAAUAUUGCAGCUCAUUUAAAACUGCCAAAUAAGUUGUCUCGAGAUGAUCGGAAAGAAAAAGUUGAGGAGACUAUUACAGCAAUUGGUUUACAAAAAUGCCGUAAAACACAAAUUCGUUAUUUAUCGGGUGGUGAAUGUAAACGUUUAUCAAUUGCAUUAGAAUUAUUACGUAAUCCAUCUGUGAUGUUUUUCGAUGAACCCACAAGUGGUUUGGAUAGCUCUGUAUCUAAACAAUGUGUUGGCCUUUUAAAAGAUUUGGCACGUGAAGGACGAACUGUCAUUUGUACGAUACAUCAACCAUCAGCAAUCCUACUUGAAAUGUUUGAUCAUUUGUAUAUUAUAUCAGAAGGAUUGUGUAUUUAUCAAGGUUCAGUUAAAGGUUUACUGCCAUAUUUAAAUGAAAUGAAUUUAAAUUGUCCAACUUAUCAUAAUCCUGCUGAUUUUGUCUUGGAAGUGUGUCAAGGUCAAUAUGGGGAUCGGAUGGAGGAAUUAGUGGAGAGAUCAGAAAAUGGUAAAAAUUCUGAUUGGCGACGUAAUCCAAAUUUUAAACUCCAUCAAGUUAGUUAUAUUGAAAAUAGCAGAACUGAAACAAAUAAUGAAAUGACAAAUUUGAAAUCACAGCAAUUGAAUAUAAAUGAUAAUAUGACAGAUGAUGAUCGUACAUUUUUAAUAUUAUCACGUGACCGCACAUUAACAUAUUCACGAAUAUUUAUUCAUAUCGCUAUAUCGUUAUUUAUCGGAACAUUAUAUUAUCGUAUUGGUGAUGAUGCUACGUAUAUGUUGGAUAAUUGUAAUUAUUUAUUCUUUUCAAUUAUGUUUCUUAUGUUUACGGCGUUCUCAUCAAUGACAAUUACAUUUCCCUUAGAAGUUCCAAUUGUAUCUCGAGAAUAUUUUAAUCGUUGGUAUUCAUUAAAAUCGUAUUAUUUGGCUGUAACUGUCGCAGAUAUGCCAAUACAAAUUUUGUCAACCGUCAUUUACGUAAUGGUUACAUUUUAUUUAACAGCUCAGCCAUUUGAAGCAUUCCGUUUUUGUUUAUUUUUAGCUAUGUGUAUAAUCGUUUCGUUUGUAUCACAAAGUAUUGGAAUUUUAUGUGGUUCUGUUAUGAAUGUUACAAAUGUAACAGUAUUUGGACCGUUUUUCAUAUGUCCAUUUUUAAUGUUUAGUGGAUUUUUUAUUCAUUUUAAUGAUGCACAUCCAUGGUUUCGUUGGUUAUUUCAUACAUCAUUUUUAAAGCAUGCAUUUGAAGGCCUAAUGCUAUCGGUAUUUGGUUAUGAUCGUCCACGUUUACCAUGCUCAAGUGAUUAUUGUCAUUAUAUGACACCAUCGAAAUUAAUUGAUCAAAUUGCAAUGCCAAAUGCAGAUUAUGGUCAUGCUGUCAUGGUUUUAAUUAUUUUGUAUUUUGUAUUAAGGACUGUUUCGUAUUUGGUACUUUUGUAUCGAUUACAGCAUAAUAGGGCUGUAUUAAGUGCAAUUCAUUAUCAAAUUUAUCAAGUGUGCCAUAGAUGAAAAUUAAUUACUGUAAAAAGUAAUAAUGUAUAUGGAAUUAAUUAAAUUGAAAAAUUG